AUGAGCAUGAAAGUCCUGUACAUGGGUGUUUGGCGCCCAAAUGACGGCGGAGAGCCUGUCGAGCUGGCUCACCAGCGCGAGCUUAGCAGCUUCAACCGAUUCACCCGCGGAAGCAUCCAAGAAUUCUUGAACCUCUUCGUAGCAACAGCUGCCAAGAAGACACCACCUGGCAAGCGAGUCGCAAUAGAGGAAGAUAAGAUCCCAGACUACCUCAUCCACACAUACAACAACUCGCGCGGCCUCUGCGGCAUCGUCGUCGCCAACAAGGAAUAUCCUGACUUCGUCAUCACGGGCGUCCUCAAAAAGCUCUGCGACGAGUUCUCCACCAAGCACGCCGCAUCCGCCAUCAACAGCGCCUCCGCCAACUCCCUCCCCUAUCCCGAGCUCAAAGAUUAUAUCGCGCAGUACCAGAACCCGCAGGAGGCAGACAAGAUCCUUAAGAUCCAGCACGAGCUCGAUACCACGAAACAGGUGCUGCACCAAACCAUGGAGAGCAUGCUGGAGCGCGGCGAGAAGAUGGAUCAAUUGGUGGCUAAGAGCAAUGAUUUGAGUGCGAGCAGCAAGAUGUUUUAUACGCAGGCGAAGAAGCAGAACUCAUGCUGUGUUGUUAUGUGA